UUUUAAAUAUUUUUAUUACAAUAAUAAAAAUAAAGAAAAUUAAUAAUAUUUUAUUUUUUUAAUAAAUUAAAAUUUUUUACACUCUAAUUUCGAAUGUAAUCAAUUCCAACUUCUUAAAAAAAAAAAAAAAAAAAACUCCUAUUAAAAAAAAUUUUAUUUGCCGAUUAAAACUAAUUCUCCUUCUAUCUACUCCCUUCCUUAAAUUUCCUUCCAUCCAAGCAUACCAAAGUCGAAUUGCCUAUUCCUAGCAAACCGGUCCGGUUCAAAAAAAUAAAACAACUAUCUUAUAAAACCUCUGAUAAACCCUAGAAACAUAACAGCAGUAGAGCAGAACAAAUUAAUUGAAGCUCAAAACUCAAAUUUGCAUAGCAAACAUUUUAUUUAUUAAUCAGUGAACUCAAAGUGUUCACUUUCCAUUGUAAUUGAAAAGAAAAAAUCUUUCGGACAAAAGAGGAAAGAAAAUGAGAAAGAAAGUGGACGACCGUAUCAGAACUCUAAUUGAAAAUGGCGUCAAAUUACGGCACCGUUCUAUGUUCGUUAUCAUCGGUGACAAGUCUCGUGACCAGAUUGUGAAUCUUCACUACAUGCUAGGUAAGUCAGUUGUGAAAUCUAGGCCAACUGUUUUAUGGUGCUACAAAGACAAGCUUGAACUUAGCAGUCACAAGAAAAAGAGAGCCAAGCAGAUAAAAAAGCUAAUGCAGAGAGGAUUACUAGAUCCUGAGAAAGUCGACCCUUUUUCACUUUUUGUUGAAACUGGAGGAUUAACUUAUUGCCUAUACAAGGAUUCCGAAAGAAUUCUUGGGAAUACUUUUGGAAUGUGCAUAUUGCAGGACUUUGAGGCUUUGACUCCGAAUCUCUUGGCUAGAACUAUAGAGACAGUAGAAGGUGGUGGGUUGAUUGUCUUGCUACUACGUUCUCUCUCCUCAUUGACCAGUCUAUACACUAUGGUCAUGGAUGUUCAUGAGAGGUUUCGUACUGAAUCGCAUUCUGAGGCUGCUGGGCGCUUCAAUGAGCGUUUCUUAUUAUCACUUGCUUCAUGCAAAGCAUGUGUGGUUAUGGACGAUGAACUGAAUAUUUUGCCAAUUUCAUCUCAUAUAAGGUCAAUUCUACAAGUCCCUGUUAAAGAGGAUUCUGAAGGUCUUCCAGAAGCAGAACGGGACCUGAAGAAUUUGAAAGAACAACUACAUGAUGAUUUUCCUGUAGGUCCUUUGAUAAAAAAAUGCUGUACAUUAGAUCAGGGAAAAGCUGUCAUUACUUUUCUUGAUGCAAUUUUGGAUAAGACACUACGUAGUACAGUUGCUUUGCUUGCUGCUCGUGGGCGUGGGAAAUCUGCUGCUCUUGGUUUGGCAGUUGCCGGAGCUAUUGCAGCAGGAUAUUCAAAUAUAUUUGUAACUGCACCCAGCCCUGAAAACUUAAAAACUUUAUUUGAGUUCAUCUGCAAGGGUUUCGAUUCACUUGAGUAUAAGGAGCAUAUUGAUUAUGAUGUUGUGAAAAGCACGAAUCCUGAGUUUAAGAAAGCAACUGUGCGAAUCAAUAUCUACAAACAGCACAGACAAACAAUUCAGUAUAUACAGCCACACGAGCAUGAAAAGCUCUCCCAAGUGGAACUACUGGUUGUUGAUGAAGCUGCUGCCAUUCCAUUGCCAGUUGUGAAGUCCCUGCUAGGUCCAUACCUGGUUUUCCUUUCAUCGACUGUGAAUGGCUAUGAAGGUACUGGCCGGUCUUUGUCGCUAAAACUUUUGCAGCAAUUGGAAGAACAAAGCCAGAUGGCUGCCAAGAAUGUGGAGGGCUCACUUUCUGGUCGUCUUUUCAAAAAGAUAGAGCUCACUGAGUCCAUCAGAUAUGCUUGUGGGGAUCCAAUUGAAUCCUGGCUUAAUGCUUUACUUUGCUUGGAUGUUGCGAAUCAUAUACCUAAUAUCAGCAGAAUGCCUCCACCCAGUGAGUGCGAUCUCUAUUAUGUCAACCGGGACACGCUUUUUUCCUAUCACAAAGACAGUGAGUUGUUUUUGCAGCGAAUGAUGGCAUUAUAUGUUGCAUCUCACUACAAAAACUCUCCUAAUGACUUACAACUAAUGGCUGAUGCUCCUGCACAUCAUUUGUUUGUGCUGCUUGGUCCUGUUGAUGAGUCAAAAAAUCAACUCCCUGACAUCUUAUGUGUCAUUCAGGUCUCUCUUGAAGGCCAGAUUUCUCGUAAAUCUGCCAUGAAAAGCUUAGGUGAUGGCCAUCAACCCUCUGGAGAUCAAAUUCCAUGGAAAUUCUCUGAGCAAUUCCGGGACACAGUUUUCCCCAGCCUUUCAGGUGCUCGUAUCGUACGUAUUGCCACCCAUCCAAGUGCCAUGAGGCUUGGAUAUGGUUCUGCUGCUGUGGAACUCUUAACGAGGUACUAUGAAGGACAGUUGACACCUAUUUCUGAAGUGGAUUUUGAGAACAAUAUAGAGACUCCACAAGUUAGAGUAACAGAAGCUGCCGAGAAGGUUUCUUUGCUAGAAGAAAAUAUAAAGCCAAGGGCAGACCUUCCUCAUUUGUUAGUGCAUCUUCGAGAACGACAACCUGAAAAGCUCCAUUAUCUUGGUGUUUCUUUUGGACUCACUUUGGACCUUUUCCGCUUUUGGAGAAAACAUAAAUUUGGUCCAUUCUACAUUGGUCAAAUUCCAAGUACUGUAACUGGUGAACAUACAUGUAUGGUCCUGAGACCAUUAAACAGUGAUGAUAUUGAAGUCAAUGGAUCAGAUGAGUGGGGCUUUUUUGGUCCAUUUAACCAAGAUUUUAGGCUAAGAUUUGCUAGAUUACUGGAAGAUAGUUUUCGAGGAAUGGAAUAUAAGCUUGCUAUGAGUGUCCUGGAUCCCAGAAUCAAUUAUGCGGAUACAGAGAUGGACACUACAUUAUCCACAGAAGGAAUUUGGAGGUCACUUAGCUUUGAUAUAACGCCACAUGAUAUGGAACGGCUGAAAGCUUAUACUGAAAAUCUCGUUGAUUAUCAUUUGAUUUUAGACAUUGUUCCGAUCCUUGCUCGUCUAUAUUUUCGUGGGAAGAUUCCUAUUACCAUGUCGUAUGUUCAAGCCUCUGUUUUGCUCUGCAUUGGCUUGCAGCAUCAAAACGUUUCUUACAUUGAGGGACAAAUGAAGUUGGAAAGAACACAAAUCUUGUCACUCUUUAUAAAGGUUAUGAAGAAGUUCCAUAAAUAUCUUUACGGUAUUGCGUCUAGUGAGAUUUUAUCAACUCUACCUCGAUUGAAAGAGGUAAAGCUGGAACCUCACCACAUAACCGUGGAAGAUGAUCUCAAUGAAGCAGCAAAGCAAGUUGAGGAUGGAAUGAAAGCCAAGAUGGAAGGCAUGCUGAAUCCUGAACUUCUUCAACAGUAUGCCAUAGAGGACAAAGAAGGUGAUUUGGAGAAUGCAUUGAAAAAUGGUGGUGGAAAGAUGAACUCAGGUGGUCUCAUUAGUGUGAAAUCUAGCAGAACUAAAGUGGAAAAACAAGGAAAGCAGGAGAGUCGCAGUAGUGGGAAAAAGAGAAAAGGUGAUCAUAGCUCUAGAUCAAAUAAAAAGAACAGAUCAUAAAUUGAGCAUGUGAUAUUAUAAGAAUGAUAAUCAUUCUUGAAGGCACCAUAAGUUAGGAAAAAUGUAAUUCUGCCUAUAGAGAGGAAUCAGAUUGCUGCAAAUCUUGACGAGAUGGUUAUGGUCCAAUUUAUUAGUUGAAAAGUUCUACGCAAUUUUGGAACAGAAAGGCUGAGCUUUUAGUUUGAUAUUAAACCCAGAUAAUUUCCUGUCAUAGUUGUAAAUAACAAUGACAUUGCUUGUUGUGAAUGAGAAUCCUUAUUUAUUUAGGGAAUCCUCUGUUAUUGGUUAAUGAUGAUGUAGGCAGUUUAUGUUUUGAUUGUA